GGCCAUGCUGUGGGGGGGGAUUUCGGGGGGGGCCGAUCGCCAAGGGCGCCGCGCUGCUCCCCCCGCCCAGCGGGGGGGCGGAGUCACAGGAGGGAGCCCCGCCCCCGGCCCCGGCCCCGCCCCCGGAGUGACGAAGCGGCGGCGGGAAACGGGGUUUGGUUCCAUGAGGCCUGGCCUUCGACUCCUGGGACCUGGAUUUCUACACUGAGCUCUUCAAGAAAUUCGGGCACAACCCGACCAGCGUGGAGUGCUUCGACCUGGCCCAGUCCAACAGGGCACCUCCUGGCAGAUGUGGAAGAGGUCCUGGGAUCACUGUUCGAGUCCAUCAUGCAGACCCAGGAGAGCAGCAGCCCCAACGUCGUCAUGUUCUCGGACAACAGCAGAGGUGGCCCUGUUCAGCGGUGCGAAGACUGGGGCGGGCGGAUCCAGGACGUGCAGCGCACAGGGCCCAUGCCAUCGCCGGCACGGCCGGGUGCAGCUUCGGAAACCUGCACAUCCCUGAUCCCCGCCAUGGCGGUGCUGCAUUUCUACCAGCGCCCCGGGGCGGAGGGUGUCCCUGUCUCCCUGCUGCGCUCGGCCCAGGCGGUGCUGGGGGGCAUCCGCGCCCUGCACAGGGAGCUGUGCUACAACGUCAGCUGGACAGGUGCGUCGCCCCCCAGCCCCCAGGAGACCCAGCUGCUGCGCUGGCUCUUCGGCUGCCCCUUUGAAUCCGGAGACGUUGCCACAGAGUCCUUCCUGUGCCCAGCGCCCACCGACCUGCUGGUGGAGAUCGGGCCCCGGCUGAACUUCUCCACGGCGUUCUCCACCAACGUGGUGUCCGUGUGCCGGGCUGCAGGGCUGGGCUGUGUUGACCGUGUCGAGUGCUCCCGCCGGUACCUGCUGCAGUGUGCCCGACGCCCCACACCCCCUGAGGAGGCCGCCCUGGUGGCGGUGCUCAGUGACCGGAUGACGGAGCAGCGCUACGAGGAGCCAAUCCGCAGCUUCGCCGUGGCCACCCACCCUGCCCCCACCUGGCAUGUGGAUGUGCUGGGGGGGGGCCGCACCGAGCUGGAGCGAGCCAACCAGGAGCUGGGCCUGGCCUUCGACUCCUGGGACCUGGAUUUCUACACUGAGCUCUUCAAGAAAUUCGGGCGCAACCCGACCAGCGUGGAGUGCUUCGACCUGGCCCAGUCCAACAGCGAGCACAGCCGACACUGGUUCUUCAAAGGGCGCCUCCUGGUGGACGGGAAGGAGGUCUCGGAGUCGCUGUUCGAGUCCAUCCUGCGGACCCAGGAGAAGAGCAACCCCAACAACGUCAUCAAGUUCUCGGACAACAGCAGUGCCAUCCAGGGCAGGGCCGUGUGUUCCCUGUGGCCCCGCGACCCAUCCCGCCCCAGCCGCUUCGAGAAGAGAACGUCGACCCGGCAUGUCAUCUUCACUGCAGAGACCCACAACUUCCCCACGGGGGUGGCCCCAUUCAGCGGCGCCGCAACGGGAACAGGUGGGCGGAUCCGGGACGUGCAGUGCACGGGGCGUGGGGCCCACGUCAUCGCCGGCACGGCGGGGUACAGCUUCGGAAACCUGCACAUCCCUGGCUACCCUCUGCCCUGGGAGGACCCGGCAUUGCCUUACCCCAGAAACUACGCCCAGCCCCUGCAGGUGGCCCUCAGGGCCAGCGAUGGCGCCUCUGACUACGGCAAUAAGUUCGGGGAACCUGUCCUGGCUGGGUUCGCCCGUUCCUUCGGCCAGCAGCUACCCAAUGGGCAGCGGCGCGAAUGGAUCAAGCCCAUCAUGUUCAGCGGGGGGAUCGGCGCCAUGGAGGACAUUCACGUGCACAAGGAGCCCCCCGAGCCUGGGAUGCAGGUGGUGAAAGUGGGGGGUCCCGUGUACCGGAUCGGAGUCGGGGGGAGUUCAGCCUCCUCCAUCCAGGUGCAGGGUGACAACGCCAGCGACCUGGAUUUCGGGGCGGUGCAGCGGGGGGACCCCGAGAUGGAGCAGAAGAUGAACCGGGUGCUGCGGGGCUGCGUGGAGACAGGGAAGGCCAACCCCAUCUGCAGCCUCCACGACCAGGGGGCUGGGGGCAAUGGGAACGUGCUGAAGGAGCUGAGUGACCCAGCCGGGGCUGUGAUCUAUGCCAGCCGCUUCCAGCUGGGUGACCCCACGCUGAGCGUGCUGGAGAUCUGGGGGGCCGAGUACCAGGAGUCCAACGCCCUCCUGCUGCGCCCCACCGAUGCCGCGCUGCUGCAACGCCUAGGCCAGCGCGAACGCUGCCCCGUGGACGUCGUGGGCACCAUCACCGGGGACGGACGGAUUGUGCUGGUGGACGACCUGGAGGCCCCAGUGACGGACGUGGCCCCAGCGAAGCCCAGUGGGAAGCAGACGCCGGUCGACCUGCAGCUGGAGUGGGUGCUGGGCAAGAUGCCACAAAAGGAAUUUGUCUUGUCCCACAACAGCCCAGCCCUCCACCGCCUGUGCCUGCCCCCUGGGCUGAGUGUGGGGGACGCCCUGGAGCGGGUCCUGCGGCUGCCGGCCGUGGCCAGCAAACGCUACCUGACCAACAAGGUGGACCGGUCGGUGACGGGGCUGGUGGCCCAGCAGCAGUGCGUGGGUCCCCUGCACACACCCCUGGCCGAUGUGGCCGUGGUGGCUCUGUCCCCCUUCGAGACGGUGGGGGCAGCCACGGCCCUCGGGGAGCAGCCACUCAAGGGACUGAUCGACCCGGGCGCGGGGGCCCGGCUGGCCGUGGGUGAGGCGCUCACCAACCUGGUCUUUGCCCGCGUCACCGACCUGCGGGACGUGAAGUGCAGCGGGAACUGGAUGUGGGCGGCCAAGCAGGCGGGCGAGGGUGCGGCGCUGGUGGACGCCUGUAGGGCCAUGUGCGCCGUCAUGGGCCAGCUGGGGGUGGCCGUGGACGGGGGCAAGGACUCGCUCAGCAUGGCGGCCCGCGUGGGCACGGACAUCGUCAUGGCGCCCGGGACAUUGGUCGUCUCAGCCUACGCCGUGUGUCCGGACAUCAGGGCCACCGUCACACCUGACCUCAAGUGCCCCGAUGGCAAAGGGGCCCUACUGUACGUGGAGCUGUGCCCCGAGCGGCACCGGCUGGGGGGCAGUGCCCUGGCGCAGUGCUACUCCCAGCUGGGGGAUCGCUGCCCAGACCUGGAGAACCCGGACAGCCUGGCAGCCUGCUUCCGCGUCACCCAGCAAUUGCUGCAAGAGUCGGUGGUGAGCGCGGGGCAUGACGUGAGUGACGGGGGGCUGGUGACCUGCCUGCUGGAGAUGGCCUUCGCCGGGAACUGUGGGCUGCAGGCCGAGCUGGUGGCACCGGGGCUUAGCGCCCUGGAGGUGCUGUUUGCCGAGGAGCUGGGCCUGGUGCUGGAGGUGCCCAGCGCUGUGGCAGGAGACGUCUGCAGACGGUACGAGGAGGCUGGAGUGCGGUGCCUGCCCAUCGGGCAGACGGGACCCCUGGGCCCCCAGUCCAUGGUGCGGCUGCGGGUGAACGGGCAGGAGGAGCUGGCGCGGCCCGUGGGUGACCUGCGCGCCCUCUGGGAGGCCACGAGUUUCCAGCUGGAGCGGCUGCAAGCGUCACCCCAAUGCGUGGAGCAGGAGGAGAGGGGGCUGGCGCAGCGCCAGGGCCCCAGCUUCACCCUGACCUUCGACCCCAAGAUUGAGCCCCCGCUGCUGGGCCAGAUGGCCCGGCCGGGCCCGCGCGUGGCCAUCCUGCGCGAGGAGGGCAGCAACGGGGACCGCGAGAUGGUGGCAGCCUUCGUCAUGGCGGGGUUCCAGGCCUGGGACGUGACCAUGCAGGACCUGUACGCAGGGGAGGUGACUCUGGAGUCGUUCCGGGGCCUGGUCUUUGUGGGGGGCUUCAGCUACGCGGACGUCCUAGGGUCUGCCAAAGGCUGGGCAGCUUCGGUGACCUUCAGCCCCCGGGCGCGGGCCCAGUUUGAGGCCUUUCACCGGCGCAGGGACACGUUCAGCCUGGGUGUCUGCAACGGCUGCCAGCUGAUGGCGCUGCUGGGCUGGGUGGGGGGCGGGAGCCCCACGAGCGACCCCCCGGGUGGGGCCGUCCGUCCCGGGGUGCUGCUGGCCCCCAACGAUUCGGGCCGGUUCGAGUCGCGUUUCGUGGCGCUGGCCGUCGAGCAGAGCCCGGCGGUGAUGCUGCAGGGCAUGGCUGGCUCCACCCUGGGAAUCUGGGUGGCGCACGGAGAAGGUCGGAUGCAGUUCCGCUCACCCGAGGUGCUGGCUGCAGUGACGUCAGGGGGCUUGGCCCCGCUGCGCUACGUGGAUGACCAGGGCCAGCCCACCCAGGAGUACCCCCUGAAUCCCAACGGCUCCCCGCUGGGCAUCGCCGGGCUCUGCUCGCCCGACGGGCGCCAUUUGGCCAUGAUGCCCCACCCCGAGCGCUGCGUCCUGCCCUGGCAGUGGGCCUGGAUGCCGCCCGACUGGCGCCGCACCAUGGAGGUCUCGCCCUGGCUGCGCAUGUUCCAGAACGCCUGCGAGUGGUGCCUGGAGCACCCCGAGGGGGAGUCCUGACUGCGGAGCCCAGUCGCCAGCCGGUCUCGUAUCCCAAGAGCAGAAAGCUCCCAUGGAAUUUAAUACCCAGCUCGGACAAGAGACACAGAGAUGCUGCUGCUCGUCAAUUUGUGCAAAGGAAAAACUCGUUUUUCAACUGGACCUUGGCUCCUAGGAAGGGAGAGUGGAAAAGCUCAGAGCUGAGGCUGGGUCUCCUCAGUGGUGGGACUGGCCAGCUGAAGACGUCCCUGGGCUGAGAUCAAAGGCAUCAGAAACUCCUCUGCCAAUGACAGCUGAUGCAUUGAGAACUGCCCAAAGCCAAGCAGAGUUGGACCUUACAAAAGAAAUUCAAACCCGGUAAAAGGUUCUGUUACCAUAUAAAUAAAACCAGGAAGGAGGAA